AUGGCACAUCCACAGGCGGGACAGGGAGAAGCCACCGACAGACGCCCCGAGGCCUCAGGCCCCCGUCGCACCGGAUCCUGGGGCACGUGCCAGCCAGUUCCCCCGAGGCCUCUCGCAAUAGGGGAAGGUGUGAAACAGUGUAGCCGAGUGGAUAGGAAUGCUGGUUUCGUCCAUCUUGGCCGCCACGGAGGCCUGUGUGGAGACGAGCUGGCCAGUGCCAAAUAUGCAUGCAGGCUGCUCUACCACACCUGCACCGGGCCGGGCCUGUCCGUGCUCUGCUUCGUGCGUCAGGACCUUCUGGAAUACUUCAGCGUCUACGGGACAGCGCUGAGCAUGUGGGUGUCCCUCAUGGCCCUGGCCGACUUCGACGAGCCCAGGAGGUCGACGGUGGUGAUGCUCGGUGUGCUGACCAUCGCCGUGCGGGUCUACCACGACCGUGGGGGCUACGGUGUGUACUCGGGCCCCAUCGGCACGGCCGUCCUCAUCAUCGCAGUGAAGUGGCUGCAGAAGAUGAAGGAGAAGAAGGGCCUGUACCCCGACAGGAGCGUCUACACCCAGCAGGUCGGCCCUGGGCUCUGCUUCGGGGCGCUGGCCCUGAUGCUGCGCUUCUUCUUUGAGGACUGGGAUUACACCUACGUCCACAGCUUCUACCACUGUGCUCUGGCCAUGUCCUUCGUCCUGCUGCUGCCCAAGACCAACAAGAAGGCGGGGAACGCGGGGACCCCCGCCAAGCUGCAGUGCUCCACCCUCUGCUGUGCCUGCCUCUGACUGCGCUCC